GUUGAUGCUGCCCCCUCAUCAUUUCGGCCAAACGGAAAACACAAUACAGGUGGAGGCCGUUGAUGCUGCCCCCUCAUCAUUCCGGCCAAACGGAAAACACAAUACAGGUCAGGUGACGGUGAAGGUGAUUAUCGGCGAUGAAAACGACAAUGCACCAUACUUCGAGGAAUCAGAGAACACCUUUGUUGUGAAAGAAGACUUGCAGAUUGGAACAGUUGUUGCCAGGGUAUCAGCAAUUGACAUAGACUCAGAUUCUGUGAUGACGUACCGGGUCCUGGACCCGAGCUCUGGCAAGCAGCUACCGUUCUCUGGCAUACCCCAGACAGGGGACAUAACUGUAGCCGGUGAACUUGAUUACGACGAAGGAAAAAGGACGUUUGUUUUUGCAAUUGAGGUGUUUGACUCGAAGUUCACAGGCCGCACAAAUGUGACAGUAAACAUCCUGGAUAUAAAUGAUAACCCGCCAGUAGUUCAGUCAUACACGUUUGACAACAUAACAGAAAACGACCUCAGUGUUUUUUUGGAAAACUCUCAUCAGGGUUAAUGCUACUGAUAAAGACAACAACGGGGUAAAUAGUUUCUUCUUUAACCUGAAAUUCACCGAUGAUAUCGGACCUCAGUACUUUGAAAUCGGCCAAGUUACUGAAGACUUAAAAAUAAGAAAG